AUGUCGCCAAGCACCCUGCUCCCGGAGCCGAGCUUCACGCUCACUCCUAUGGACAAGACGCCUAAGGAGAAGCACAACUUCGGUGCCGUCAUUACUGACUUGGACCUGAGUGACAUCUCAGAUGAGGAUGUCAAGGCUUUGAGUGAUGCUAUUUGGACACACAAGGUCGUCGUGGUCAAGGGGCAAAAAGAUCUGGCUCCCAUCAAGCAAUGGGAACUCGUUACUAGGUUUGAUCCAGAUGCACCUCAGGUGCAUUCGCACGGCGAUAUCAAGACUUUUAACAAGAAAGGUGGCAUGCUCUCCAGAUAUCGGGAUGUCCACGGAAUUCCCGGUGCUGAAAAUGUACGACUUAUUGGUAAAGGCUACCAGGGUGAAGACCACUUCGGGUUGAAGGACACGACAAUCACACAUGCUCUAUCCCACGACUGGCAUGCUAUCGAGCUACCUCUCGAGGAAUUCAACAAAGGUCACACUCGUUUCCAGCGGUGGCAUAUUGAUGCACCGCUGUAUGCGCGAGACCCCGCCUGGUUCACCACAUUGCGAUGCAUUAAGCGUCCUAAAGCCCCUGAGUGCCCCAAUAUCACCAUCCAUUGGGAUGACGGCUCAGGUACCACCAUGGAGACGGAACCCGGCCUGACAGCCUUCUUUAGCAAUGUGCAGAUGUAUGAGCUGAUGAGCGACGAGGAGAAGAAGAUCGCUGAUCACUCUUGGGUUGAAUACGCACCUCACCCGUACCAGUGGAUUGGUGAUUGCAAGGGCAACACCACCGGCCUCGGUUUAUAUACCCAGGGGAAAGAGAAAAAGAUUGAGGAAAUGGGAGACUGGGAUCCCAAGGACGUUAAGUCCUAUCCAAUGGUAUGGGUGAACCCAGUUACCGGCGAGAAGGCGUUCAUGGUACACGGUAUCUGCGCAAGGAAGUUGUUCAUCCGGUCCUCUCCUGAUGAGGAGCCAAAGGUCCUAGAUGACGUCGUUGAGAUACGAGCUUUCCUCAACAAGAUUCAGUCACGAGUCCUAAAGCCCGAGUAUAUCAUGAUCCCAGCCUUGGAUGAGGGAGAUAUUGUCAUGUGGGCGAACUACCAGAUGUUCCACACUGCAGUAGAUUAUCCCAAUUCCUUCGGCCCCCGAUCAAUGCAUCAAGCCAACAUUGGUGCCAGUAAAGGACCUAUCGGGCCAGUACCGAUCCCUAUCACUGCUUAA